AUGGAGGGUGGUGCGGGAGUAGGAAGCGUCGCUUCUCUCACGAUGGACUGCGAGGACAUGUUUAAAGAAAUUACGAAAAAACUGUACGGAGAAGAGGCGACUGUGGGUGUAGGAGUGAACGGUGUGGUGGGCGUGGAGUUCCCUGCGGCGGAGCGGGACCUGCAGGACGACGAGCUGCGGCCCGAGGAACACAUCACGGCCUGGGGCCUGGCCGCGCUCAUGCAGAACGGCUUCCCUCCACCUGGGAUACUGCAGGCCAACUUCACGCCCCGCACCGACCCCACGGCGGAGGAUCGCUGGACUGCUGCCGAGGAGCCGCUCGCGUGGGCUCACUCUCGCGUAGCCGCCUACAACCCUGCUCAGAGGCUGUUCAAGUGCGCCGAAUGUGAAUGCGUAGGAUUUCUGGCGCGCGUCGCCGAACACUGGCUGGGAACACACUCACAGGCGCGAGCCUUCCAAUGUCCGCUGGCAGGCUGCGGGUUCGCCAGCGGCUGGGCCCGCGCCGUGAGGCAGCACCUGGCCAGGGACCACCACUCCGACCCCGCCGCCGCUGACCACCUGUUGAGAGAGAAUCCUGCCUUAGAUGACCUCACGCGCUACCUUCAGCGACUGAAAACUAAGGUGGACAGCGCGCGUAACGAAAGACGAGUCGGCAGCGGAGCCAGCGUCGCGGGCCCAGCCCCGGUGGUGAUCACCGAGGCCGGAGCGCCCCAGAGCGAGCCCUCCUCGGACGGCUCCAAGCGGUACGCGUGCGCCGCCUGCCCGUACGCCACGGACCGCCGCGACCUGUUCACGCGGCACGAGAACAUCCACCGGGACGAGAAACCUUUCCACUGCUACCUCUGCCAGAAACAAUUCAAUCGUGCGGAUCACGUUAAAAAACAUUUCCUGCGUAUGCACAGAGAUCAGCCGUACGAUUUGAAUAGAAUAAGACGCACGAACGGAAAGGGCGUCGUCAGCGCCGGGUCGAUGUAUUGCGGCGGAGGAGGCGGCGGGGGAGGGGAGGGGGUGGUGGCCGCCGGCGCGGGGAAGGCGGUGGAGGCGAGCAUGCCCGCGCUCACACAGGCGCCGCCCGAGUGUCGAGCUCCCACCGUGAAGAUGGAGCGCCCUCCGCUCAUCAAAGCCGACACCCCGUCCACGGCGACACACAAGACUACCACGGCUAGCCCCGUCCGAAGAAAGGGCGAACGUAGAUAUGCCUGUUGCUAUUGUGCAUGGUCGGGCGUAGACAACUGGUGCUUGAAACGGCACCUCAACACGCACCUUAAACCGUUCGCGUGCGCUCUGUGCGAAUACAAGGCGGCCCGCGCCGAGCGCCUCGCCACACACGUCCACAAGGUCCACAACAAGAAGGCCUGCGCCAAGUGUCCCUUCCUCGCCGACGACCCACAGCAGCUCGCGCUACAUCUACGAGACGCGCAUCACAUCGAAAGUCGCAAUUUGAAAGUUCCAUCGAGCGUCGGACGGACGGGCUUCGUAGGAGGGUCGCAGGGAGCCAUCGUCGGAGCUGGCGUCGUGCAGAGUUCUUCAGGAGCGGGCGGCGGGGCAGCGGCGGCGGGGGCGGGGGGAGCGACCGGCGCGGGGGGGAGUGGAGCCGGCGUCAGCGGCGUGGGGGGCGCGGGGGGGAACACGUCUGGAGCUGGCGGGGGCGGCGGGGGCGGGGCGGGGCGGCGGCGGGAGGCGCGGGCCGCGGGCGCCGCGAGGCUGUUCGGGUACCUGGAGGCGUCGGACGGCUCCGGGGACGAGUACGAGCCGCCGAGCGUGCUGGCCGGGGACUUCCCCGCCGCGCCGCACUACACGCGCGACAAGGAGAACGCCGCGCCGCAGACGCUGCACCACUCCAUGCCGCACCACGACCACUGCCUGCGCUACUAG